CCCCGUGUUGCGCUCCAAACACACACGCACGCCCACACGCAUCCCAUCCACCUGAGCUCAGAGAGAACAUGACGGUCCUGUUAACGAGAACACUGUUCACGGCGCUGAAGGGUCGGUUUGGCAACCGUUUGUCCAGGGUGUGUGGAUCAGCUCUAUACCACCGGAGACUCAACUCCACUUACCCUACACGCCAGAUGAUUCCCCCACCUGCACGAUACGGAGGCAGGCACACUGUGACAUUGAUUCCUGGGGACGGCAUCGGGCCAGAGUUGGCUAACCACGUGCAGGAGGUUUUUCGGUUCUGUUGUGUUCCGGUGGACUUUGAAGUUGUUCAUGUGGACUCGUCUAUGGCCUCGGAGGAUGACAUCAACAACGCCAUAAUGGCAAUCAGGCGCAAUGGAGUGGCGCUAAAAGGUAAUCUUGAGACCAACCACAACUUACCACCUUCCUACAUAUCCAGAAACAACCUGCUCCGAACCACUUUAGAUCUAUAUGCCAAUGUGAUGCACUGUCAAACUCUGACGGGGGUGCCAACACGACAUCACAACGUGGACAUACUCAUCAUCAGGGAGAACACGGAAGGAGAGUACAGCAGCCUAGAGCAUGAGAAUGUCCCCGGAGUGGUAGAAUGUCUCAAGAUCAUCACCAGGAGCAAAUCUUUGCGCAUUGCCGACUACGCCUUCAGAACGGCUCGUGAGAAAGGGCGGAGACGAGUGACAGCUGUGCACAAAGCCAACAUCAUGAAGUUGGGUGAUGGCCUCUUCCUGGAGUGCUGUCAGGAGGUGGCCGGCGGAUACCCUGAAAUAACAUUUGACAGCAUGAUUGUGGACAACACUACCAUGCAGCUUGUUUCCAGGCCCCAGCAAUUCGAUGUCAUGGUCAUGCCCAAUCUGUAUGGGAACGUGGUGAGCAACAUAUGCGCCGGACUGGUCGGCGGACCAGGUCUCGUGCCUGGAGCCAACUAUGGCGAGGACUAUGCCGUGUUUGAGUCGGGCACCAGGAACACUGGGAAGAGCAUCGCCCAUUGCAACAUAGCCAACCCAACGGCCAUGCUGCUGGCCUCUUGUUUGCUGCUGGAUCACCUGGAGCUCCACUCAUAUGCCAGCAUGAUCCGCAGAGCCAUCCUCUCCACCUUGACUGAGAUUCGGCUUCACACGAAGGACCUGGGAGGCCAAGGCUCCACCUCUGAAGUGGUCCAGUUCAUCAUGAAUACCAUUCAGAGCUCUGGACCGCUCACAGUGAGCAUGUAGAACACGGCCAAAGAUAAAAACAUCCUCUGCUCCCCCCCCUUACUGUUUUUGUGUGUCCAGCCGAGUCCUUCGUGUAACUUCAACGGUUCAAACUUCAAAAGUUGGCCAUAAAUUUGGGCACCUUUGUUUUUUUUAUUGAUUUGAAUACC